UGCCCCAUCAUUGUUAUCAGUGGAAGGAAUAGUGCCCCAUCAUUGGUGUCAGCAGGAGGAAUAGUGCCCCAUCAUUGGAAUCAGUGGGAGGAAAAGUGUCCCAUCAUUGGUGUCAGUGGGAGUAAUAGUGCCCCAUCAUUGGUGUCAGUGGGAGGAAUAGUGCCCCAUCAUUGGAAUCAGUGGGAGGAAAAGUGUCCCAUCAUUGGUGUCAGUGGGAGUAAUAGUGCCCCAUCAUUGGUGUCAGUGGGAGUAAUAGUGCCCCAUCAUUGGUGUCAGUGGGAGGAAUAGUGCCCCAUCAUUGGUGUCAGUGGGAGGAAUAGUGCCCCAUCAUUGGUGUCAGUAGGAGGAAUAGUGCCCCAUCAUUGGUAUCAGUGGGAGGAAUAGUGUCCCCCACCAUUGGUAUCAGUGGGAGGAAUAGUGCCCCAUCAUUGGUGUCAGUGGGAGGAAUAG